AUGACUCUGGGAAACUAUUGGACUAGUCAGCUUAAUGACGUUGGUCAACAAUUGUCAAUACGGUGCCGUAAGGCCAAUGCCCUUGAAGGCUUGAAGCACAACCACGACCUUUCUAACAGUGUAACAUUGAAAAGCUAUGCCCUCUCGUCGUUCACGUUCGCGCUCACGCUCCAGGAACCGCUCAGAGUCUCCGGAGAGAAGAGUAGAACUACCAAAUGGCGCCUCUCCGAUCAGCGAGUCAGACUACUUCCAAAAGAACGACGAAUUCAGGCUUUGGCUGAAAGAGGAGAAGGACAAGGUUCCUACUACGAUGGAAUAGCCCCAGGAUCCAUCCCAGCGACGUCCAAUACGUCAUACAAAUGGUCCUUUGCGUCGAAAAGCCGGGCAGAUGAUGAAGCUCUUCGUGCAGCGCGUGCUGAAGUGGGAGCGGCGACGUACGGGAGGGAAUCAAGCUCAAAGUAUGACGGAGCCGGUGCAGACAGAGGGAAUGGUAGCGGCCUUGGCUCACGUCCGAGUGGCUCUGGUUCAAGCCGAGUUCUAGGACCAGCAAUGCCGUCAGCCUCAGAUCUCACGCUCGCAGAAGAAUUAACAAAGGAGCAGCGCGAUGAAGAAAGGGCUUAUAAACGCAAGCGAGAGAAACUUGAGGCUAAAGAGAGGAUGGAAGAAAUGGUCGGUCCGAAGCCUGUUGGUAGGGAAGGAAUGCUGGAAAAAAAGAAAAUGCGACGUGAAGGGGACCGCGCUUUCCGGGAGAGAGGGGAUGAAGGGCUUGAACUGGAUGAAUCUACCUUGAUGGGAGGCGGAGACAGUUUCAGGGAACAACUCGCAAGAAGAGAUAUGGCCAAGAAACGCUACGAAAAGAAAAAUGAGGAGAAAAUCAACACAAUGCGUGAGAAGUCAGCAGCCUUUAAGGAAAAAGAAAAGGCGACAAUGGACAUGUUCCAACAACUAGCGAAACAAAGAUUCGGGUGA